AUGACGUUGCCAAUUGGAGACAUAUGCCACGAGCAAUGGACAUCUUCUCGCUCGCCCCCUUGCCCACUCAUCCAGCAUACAUCGAGGACCUCGAUUCCCUUAGUAGUAGUGGUCCGCUCUCAAUUGCUGGGAAACGGCGAACGACACCGCGUUCCUCAUGGCAUUUAUAUCCUCCAUGCUGAACUUCCUGGCACCCUCUCUAGCAUCGAUUCUUCCUCGAACCUUCUCCAGCUGUUCGAGGAUGCGUUCGCCAGCACUUAUCGUACCCUCCUCAUCGAGAACACACUUGGUCUUCUCACCUGCACGGAUUUGGUGCGUCCAGUAACCCCCUUCACCACUCCCUGGGAAACCAUGGGUGCUGACGUGAAGGUUGCGAAGGCUCUUGAUGUUCUCAGAUCCGAUCGCCGCUAA